AUGUCUGCAAUAGUGGAUACCAUCAUAAAGGAGUGGCGGCUGGAAAAGAGUGCAUCCGAUACAGUCCUUACUGAGCUGAAGAGGAAUGACAAGACGGUGGGGAAGCCCACAGCUUACAAGCUGGUUCAGCUUUUUGCAGAGGAGUCUCAUGACAACAAGUGGGACCUCCAAUGCUGCACAGGCUUUGAGGCCAACAUAGAUGCUGAGGAAAGGGAUACCAUCAGUUGUUUCGGUGUACCUCAGAGCAUUGUUUGUGAUCAGAAUUCAACCAGCCCGGAUGUUGCCUCGCUUUCAACCCCAUCCACUGACAACUUAGUCGGUGAUGAUGACUUCACCGGCCUCAUCAGCAUGUUAGUGGUGAGACUUCUGUCAAAAAUCCAAACCCAAACUGAUCUGUACCCAACUGACGUCACACGCACGUCACAAGACCUGAUUCCAAAAGUUAUAGCUGCCUUCUGUGCAUGGUCAGGCUGCUCUGAGACCCAAGCUUAUCCCAAGAACCUGAAGAGUCACAAAGUAUACAGCACCGUCUACAAACAUCUGUUGAAGGAGUUUGGCUCAGAGAAAAUACUCCAACUGGCCGUGUCGACUCAGGACUCCACUUUCAAUAGGAUUCUUGUGAAGUCAUUGAGCAAGGAGCUUCUCCACAGUUGUAACGAGGCAUCAAGAGCAGCCUCAAGAACAUCUUUCGAAGCCACCAGGCCAGAAGCUCUUCUCAUGGCUGAAGAUGUGAAGGCUACCAGAGGGAAGCUGUCUUUCCUACAAAGGCUUGCCAGACUGAAAUUCAACUUAAAGCCAUUCAUGAUGGGAAACAAGAAGAAUUCCCGCCAUUCUGAAUCCAAAGACCAGACUACUGCUGAAGAGAUCAUGUCUUUUACCUUCGACAUCAACAAGCGACGCACGGGCUGGUCCUGCAGACUCCCACGCCCAUGGCCCAGGAGAAGGCUGGGGGCCACCUGCUCACUCACGUCCCAGCCAUCUCCUUUGAGACCGACUCUACUGUGGAGUGCACCUCCAAGAGGACUCCGGAAGAGAGGGAACGGGUGAAGGUUAAACUGGCCAACAUGGCCUUGAUGGGAAGGAUCAAAAGUCUUGGCUGUGAAAUGCCCAUUAUGUGUGAUUGUCGAAUUGAUCAUUUUCCACUUUUGAAACAACAAUGGGAAAGACAGGGUUUAUAGCAAAGGUUGCUCAGAUUGGGCUUUUGGAAAAAUUGGGAGAAUGAAAGUGCACUCCUGAUUCAGAGAGAAAGAUCCAGCUUAAUCAUCCAUACCAUUGUUUAAAUUACAAUAAAAAAACAUUCAAACUGUUCCUGAGUUUCGAAAGACAGAGAAAGGAAAACAUCAUUAUCUUCAGUCUGUUCACACCUGUUCACACAAGUCCUACUGUCCACAAUCUCAGGGUUCUUCAAUACAAACACACCUGUUUCAGAAAACCUGAUCACUUUCACAUUCAAACAAUGUUUGUAGGAUACUUUUCAAUAACUCAAUAAAUGUAAGUGUUGAAACCAUACAUAGCUGGUAACUUGAGCUCGGCAGAGUAGUUUUGACCUGUGUCCAGAUACAGUCAUUUAUGUUGUCUAAAGGCAAUUGUCUCUUAUAACAAUGUUAUUUUUCUGAAUAAUCUAAUUUAAUUGACUGGUAGGUAGUCACUAACUAUUUGUAGCAUGUGUUCCUCUGUUUAUUGAUAUUUACAUGGUGUGUAUGUGUUAAGAUGUUAAGUAAUUAAUGUUGAUAUUAUCCAAAGGGUUUUUAACUGAAAUGUUAAAUGUUGGUGUCUCGAUCUCAGACAUUUACGCUCAUAUUUGUAAAUAGUAUUUCAAAAAUGGCAGAAUCAAACAGUAUUGGAAUAGUGACUUGUAUUUUGCAUCUAGAAGUGUAAGAAUUUUAGAAGAAUGCUAUUUCAUCAGUCAAAUGUUGCACUGUUUGAUAAGACAGGGUAAAGAAAACCUCUAUUUUAAUGAGUUUAGUUGUGAGUUUGACAU